AUGUUUCUUAUUUUUAAUAAAUAAUUAAAUUUAUGUUCUUUUAAAUGUGCUAAUCCCAAUCCCUGUCAUAUCGUGUCCCUUCCUAUACUUGAUGAGUUCCUUGAUAUAAUCUAGGAUUUCGAAAGAGUCAUCUAUGGCAAUUUACAAUGUAAAGCCCAACGGAGAGCUCAACUUUGGUGGAUCCUAACGCUUAGACGUAUUAUCUAAGGUUAAUGA